AUGUCCUCCUCCGCCCCAACGCAAACCGGCUCGUCUUCGGAGCCACAACGAUCUCUCAAUCGACAAAUAGUCCUUGAAGAAGAAGAGUACACAGAAGCGCUAUCCAAAAUCAUUGCUAGAGACUUUUUCCCGUCAUUGGCACACCUAGAUGCCACGAACGGAUAUCUCGAUGCUCUGGAGACUCGCGACCCGCAUCUAAUCAAUGCCUCGGUACGGCGGCUGGAGGAUAUUAGCUUUACGCCUCGUACAUCGACGCGCGGAUGGACCCCGGCGCGAACUCCCUCACAGACCCCAUACGGCGCGAGCGCAGAGACACCGCUGCGGUCUGUGCGCGGUGAGCCAGCGCAGAAGCGCGCGCGGUACGAUACCAACAUGAGCCUAGACGACUUUCAAGCGCGGUACACCUCCGAGGAUAACUCCAGCUUCACACAGAUUCUUGAUGAGGAGAAUCGGGUGCGCAAGGAGAAAUGGGCGUGGGCAUGGAAUGCACAAAAACGGGUUGAGGACCAGCAGGCGAAGAUGAUUGAGAACAGGGAGGCACUGUUACUUGAGCCAUCUACAGUUCCCGGAGUGCGAGAGAAGUUCACCAUUGAGGCACCGAAACCAAUAGGGCUGCUAACUGGGGCAGAAGACAGUUCUAUAAAGGAAGGGGAGCGCCAACGGACUGAGUCAAUGGUCGUUGUUCGCUCGAAGGAAACAUCUGGAGACACCCCCCUUGAUGUCAUGGCGCCCCAAAAAGACAAGCGAGUCGCAGGUGUUGACGGAUGGAAGUUCAAGGCACGAAACUCUCUCAUGUUCUCACCGGACGCCGAUACCACACCGUACGAUCCCAAGCCGACUGCCGAUAGCAGCGGUGACAGUGCCAAAGCUGUGAACUACGCAAGCACGCGACUAUUUGAACAAGAGCACGAAGCGGGAGAAUCACGGCCGCUGUCAGAACCCCCGAGCCCCACCAGAAGUCGUAUCAAUGCUGCAAUCACUGGUACACCAUACCACCCCAGUUCAUCUAAGGAUAUGGGCUUCUCCCUUGUUCCAAACCUUCCAUCGCCUACACCAGCUGAACUUGGCCCGACUGCUUUGAAACAACUCAUGACAUGGGGUACUCUCAAUUCGACACCUAGAAUAAUCAGUCAGCCAGAUGAACCAACCAACUUACGGACACCAUUUCACAUUCCUGACAUUUCAUCCAGAGAAGCCAUUUCUCAUAAAUUGUCGGAUAGAGCAUCGAAAAGCUUGCGAAUGAAAGCUGAAAAGUUAAAUUCUUCAGCCCGUACGCCAAGCACCGUCAAAUCCUCAGUUCUGGGAAAGAAGGGAAGUAUGGCUCCGCCUUCAUGGACGCCUAGACGGGCAGAAGCUGCCGGAAGCUUGACGCCGGCCGCUCGUCGGUUGUUGCAGAGGACUGCGACUGGUACAGCAGCCAGUAGGAGGGCGGAAGUCAUGGAACGAGAAGCUGGAUGGGAUACAGGGUCCAAAGAGAGAGAUCUCGCCCGCAUAAGGUGGACACCAACCCCUACGUCAACAGUUCGACGGUGA